GCUGACAGCGCCGAGUCGGCUGACAGCGCGAGAGACAAAGUAGUUUCCUUCGUAGCCUUUUAUUUCAGCCGCAGCCUACAGCGACACGGUUCUGUCGGACUCCGCGGAUGUUUUGUUGACCCUGUCCUCUUCCGUGUCUUUACCUGUAAAUCAUGCCGCGCGGUGGGAAAAAGGGCCACAAGGGCCGAGGGAAGCAGUUCAGCAACCCGGAGGAGAUCGACCGACAGAUGAGGCUCCAGAGAGAGAUGGAGGAGAAGGGGGGAGCAGAGAAGGAGAGCUCCUCAGAGUCUGAGGAGGAGAGCAGCAGCGACGAAGAGUCCGAGUCUAAGAAGAGGAGUGGAGUGGAGGGCCUCAUAGAAAUUGAGAAUCCAAACCGUGUUUCCCAGAAGAGCAAAAAGGUGACAGAAAUAGACGUGGCUGCUCCCAGAGAGCUGUCCCGCAGAGAGAGAGAGGAGAUCGAGAAGCAGAAAUCUAAGGAACGUUACAUGAAGCUCCACCUGGAGGGGAAGACUGAACAGGCCCGGGCGGAUCUGGCCCGACUCGCCAUCAUCAAGAAACAGAGAGAGGAAGCUGCCAAGAAGAGAGAGGAACUCAGGAAAGUGGAAGAGGCCCAAGCGAAGCGUUAGUGCCUCACCUGGACGCCUCGACACACUCUUCAGUCUCAGGGGAACGGAGGCAGCAGGACCAACACUGAGAGACGUCUGAUCAGCCGGUCCCUCGCCUCGGACCAGAGGGACGUGGGACUUCUCUGACAGUCUGGACAGCAAAACCAGGUGGUGCAGAGCUGGGCGAGGAGGAAUGCAGCGUUUGGAAAGCCUCUGCGGGUCUCUUCUGGAUUAUGUGACGGUUUAAGAGGAGACCUGAGCUGCUUUACUAAGUGUUUCACAGCCUCGUCGUUAUUUCUCACCAGGGUUUUUACGUCUAAAGCUGCUAAAAGUUUCAUUCCUUUGGAUUCCCAAAUGUUCCCCCGUUGGUGUAAUCGACCUUUGCAGGACUUGUUUUACAGUGUGGGUUUUAAGCCAGUUUUGAUGACAGCAGGAGACUGUUCUAAUAAUUAUCCAACUCUACAGUUUAUUGUGUUCAGAGUCUUGAAUAUCACGAUCUUGGUUUAUAUGCCGUAAACAGUUACUUUCAUGUGCUGUUUCAGUUUGUCUUGGAAUAAAGCAAAAUUGUUCUGGUU